AUGAGUUAUACACAAUCGUGGACCGAUGAAAGUACUACGACACCAACAAAUUCUAGUGACGAUCAAGAGAAAACUAAUUCAAGCAAUUAUUCUACAGAAAAUAGAGAUAAUAGAAAAGCAAUAAAUAAAGAUUUAUACAAAAUAUGUACUGAACAAAUUAUUGUUCAUCGUUGGUUUUUAUCCGAUAUACAAUCUUUAAAUAAUCAAAAACAAGAUUUUUACCUGCAAUCCAGUUCAUUUGGUUGUACUGGUGAAAAUGAACUUUUACAGUGGAUUAUUCGUUUCUAUCCCAAAGCAUCAAAGAAUAAACCUUCAUUUAGUUUUAUUGAUCAUAAUGAAUGUUGUACAAAAGUAAAUAAUAAUAGUGCAUUGAAUGAAAUUUCAAAACAUGAUGAUAAUGCACAUCAAAAUUUAUUCAAUACUCUUCGAAAUAUGAUAAACAACAAAGAAAAUCAAAAUUCAUUGUCAUAUAUAGAAUCUUUCAAUCAAUUACUCAAUGAAAUUUUACUAAAACCAAUAUCAAAUAUUGAACACUCAAUAACAACAACGAACGAACACUUCAAAAAAGUCAUAUCAUCAGAAAAAACAGUUCACAUUCCAAUAUUAAAUCAUGAUAUAUUAAAAACUUUACCACAAUAUUCAAUUACAACAAGUGAAGAAGAAUCAUCGUCAGAUGAUAAGUCAUAUUGUGCAUUUGAAAUUCUAAAAGUAAAUGGAUAUGAACAAACUUCUCAAACACUUUUUGAAACUAACUAUCAAGUAUUUGAGAUAGCUGAUGAUGGUAUUUUAAAUCUAUUAAAAACUGAAGGUCGUCAUCAAGUACAUUUUAAUCGAGCAUUGAUUAUUUUACCUCAUGAUACAAUCUUCUCUAUUUCAUCAAAUAAUAUUCUAUUCUCAAUCAAAUUAAUUAUCUAUGAAUGUUCAUCAACAAUUGAUAAUUGCCAAUCUAUGUCUUAUCACAAUAAAAUUAUUAAAAAUUUAUCAUUUGAACAACCUCUUCAUUCAAAUAUAUCAAGUGGUGAUACUAAUAAAUUUUAUAAUUAUAAUCCUAUGAUAGAAUUAUCUAUUGGAAAUAUAUAUUGGCUUAUGUCAAUGAACAAACUUUUUACUGAUAUAAUUAUUUAUUCUUCAGAUAAUCAAGAAUUUCAUGUACAUCGUCUUAUACUAUAUACAGCAUGUGAAAAAUUUACUAAAUUUAUUUCUAUAAAUCAACAAAUGAAUAAAAUUCAACUAGAUUUUAUUAAUGGAAUUAAUCUUAAACGUAUUUUAAAAUAUAUUUAUACUGGUGAAAUUGAAAUAUGUAUUGGAGAAUUUUUAAUCGAUGAAAUUCGUGAUUUAUUAAAUGCAGCUGAUUUAUUUGAAUUAUUUCAUUUGAAAAAUAUAUUAACAAAAAAAUGUUUAAAUCAUAUAACACAAAAAAAUUGUUUUGAAUUAUUACAAUUAGCUGAUGAUAAACAUAUGAAAAUACUUAAAAAUCGUAUACUUACAUUUUUAUGUCAAGAAUAUCCACAGGAAACUUUUGUUAAUCUUCUUCGUCUUAAUCAACUUCAAAAAUCCAUAAUUGAAAAUAAUAUCAAGAAAAAAAAACAACAACCAUAA